AUGAGCAAGCAUACGAACUCUAGACGCCACAGGAUGGGUGGUCAUGAUUCGGAAGAGCUGAAGAACUUCUGGGAAAAGGUCAUCCAAGAGCAAACUAAGCAACAAGAAGCUGAAGAGUCUAGGCUAAGUAAAAGUGCCCUGAACAAACUUCGCCAGGAAUGGACUCUGCGGCUGGAAGGUCGAAUAAGGCAGGUCCAGGCGCACAUGAAAACAAGGCAACAAGUGACACCACUGUCUAUCGAGGCUCUUCCCUCACCAGAUAAAACUGUUGCUUAA